AUGUUCCUACAUCACACAUGGACAGACGCUGUUAUAGAUCUCAGCAAACGGAAGAUCACCGAAGAAAGCGAUAAGCUUCCUGCAAUAUCUGGUGUUGCCCAGCAAAUGCAUCUCAUCACUGGAGAUAGGUAUUUAGCUGGCUUAUGGAAAGCUUCGCUCCAUUUUGAGUUGAUGUGGUUACAGGAUGCGGCUGCUGAGGAUUUUCAUCAUGCUAAACGGCCAACGACAUAUCGUGCACCAUCGUGGUCAUGGGCUUCCGUCGAGGGGACUGUUACCUUUUCCGGAACGUUUAAGGAAGAGAAUCUAGUAGCAGAAGUCAUACAAUGCGACGUGCUUCCAGUGGACCCAAGCAACCUGUUUGGGGCCGUCUCUGGUGGACAUUUGGUCAUAAAUGGACCUUUACGCUCGCUAGAUGAAAACUUAACACCGGAGUAUUUCCACAUCAACUCUACCGACGCGCGCGAGGUAUCUUUAGCCGAGAUCUACCUAGACGGAGAUGAGAUAUUGCCUUCCUCAGCUAAAACUUUGAUGCCUAACGACGUACCAGGCAGCGUUCAAACCGGUCAACGUAUAUGGUUCUUAGAUAUGGCUCCCAACAAACAUGGGGAUCCGUUCGGCUACGUUCUUCGUCAACAAACUCAACAAAACAUUCGCGUAUUCCGUCGCAUCGGCUGGUUUGAAAAUACAACGCGAAGCAUCGAUCAACCAUUCUAG